GUCCUUUUAUAGGGGAUGCGAGGGUCCGUGUUUAAUUUCGACUAGACACCUAUAUCGGCUCAGCGGUGGAAGCAAUUUCACGGGUCUCCCAUCAGCGUUGUCUAUGACCUCUCCGCGGUCAUCACAUCGCCAUCACCAUCAUUACUACCACCGCCACCAUCGCUAUCAACAUCUACAUCAAUAUCCACACCCACCAACCAACCAACAUCACAACCUAAUCUCCCACCAUGCCAGACCGCUACAUCGAAAGCCCCUCCUCCUUCGCGGAACUGAUGUCCCUCCGCCGCCUCCCCAACCCACUCAACAACCCAGGCCCCGAACAAACCUCCCACUUCGAAUCGCUCGCCCCGCCCUAUCCCCCCGGCGAAGGCACCCGGGCAUUCGGCGGACACGUCUACGCGCAAUCCGCCUACGCAGCCUCACAAACCGUCGACAAGGGCUUCGUGAUCCAUAACACAACCGGAACAUUCAUCCUCGGCGCCCUCCCAGACACGCCCUACACAUACAGCGUGCGGCACCUCCGGGACGGAAAAAUGUACUGCACGCGGGCGGUCGACGCGCGACAAUCCAACACGAUCAUCUUCAGCAGCCUGGUCUCGUUCAAGCGGGACGAGAACCAGAGUCCGUUCUCGCAUCAGCCUCGGCCCGUGCAGCAGCGGUAUGCGGAGAUUCUGGGGGGGACGAGGCCGGAGGACUGGCCGGUGAGUCCGAGUGUGGAUGCCGAUUGGUGGGUCGAGAUGGGGGUCGAGGGGAGGGAGUUUCCGGGGGUUGAUGUGCGGAAGGUGGGGAUGGGGGGAGAGAGGGAGGAGGAUGGCGAGUUCGAUAAUCUGUAUGCGUGCGCGCAUAUGUAUGCCUGUGAUCGGAACUCGCUGUUGUUGAUUCCGCGGGCGUUGGGGGAGAGGCAUUGGACGUCGAUGGCGAGUUUGACUCUGACGGUGGUGUUUCAUUGCCUGGGGGAGGCGUUGAGGAUGGUGGAUUGGGAUGGGGAUGGGGAUGGGGAUGAUAAGGAGGGACAAGGGCUGAAAAAGAAAUGGUUCGUGCAGGAGGGAUGGACGCCCAGGUCGGCGGAGAACCGGGCCGUUCAUGAGAGUUGGCUGUGGACGCCUGGUGGGGAGUUGUUGGCGACGAGUUAUCAGGAUAGUCAGUUGCGGUUGACGAGGGGGACGGGGGAGAAGCUAUAG